CGGCACGGGCAUCAGUUUCAAAACAAGCGAACAAGUGAUAAACAAAAUUCUAGCGCUCUCAAAGCGACUCCGGGAUAUUUCCCAGCGAUUUUUCUGAAGGAAGAAAGUUGUUAUCGUUUAUAGAAAGCAAGUAAAAUGUCUCUGCUACCAUACUUCUUCGACGAAAUCGGCUUCCAGCGCCCUCGCCGCCUGGUGGACCAGCAUUUCGGCCUCGCCUUAACACCUGAUGACAUCCUCUCCGUUGCCGCUGGACCUUUGAUGACCAGGGAAUACUACAGACCCUGGAGACACCUGGCAGCAGCUGUUAAAGAUCUGGGAUCCAGCAUUAAGACGGACGGAGAUAAAUUCCAGAUCAACUUGGACGUCCAGCACUUCGCGCCGGAAGAAAUCUCAGUGAAGACGGCUGAUGGGUACAUUGUGGUGGAAGCUAAGCAUGAGGAGAAGAAGGAUGACCAUGGCUUCAUCAGCCGACAGUUCGUGAGGAGGUACGCUUUGCCUGAGGGUACUACGCCUGAGACCGUGGAGUCUCGCCUGUCUUCGGACGGCGUGUUGACUAUCACAGCGCCCAGGAAGGUUCCAGAUGCUAUCAAGGGGGAGAGGAAGGUGCCUAUCGCUCAGACUGGCCCCGUCCGCAAGGAGAUAAAGGACCAGAGCAACAACACAGAAGAGAAACAGGACAAGUAGAGUGUUUGUGUUACCUCUGAUUCUGUGUUUACCUAUAUGUUCAUUUUGUGUCCCAAAGUUAUGGCAGUGCGAAAUAAUCAAUGAGACUGAUUUAAAUCUAAUGAAUGUAAUUUUUUAUUUGUAAGUGUUAUUUAGUUAAUAAAUGUAAGCUUGUAAUCUUAA